AUGGCAAUCAAUGGUUUAUCAACGACGGUAGCAUUGCUAAACAACAAUGUCAGCAGUGCUGUAAUUCGUAUAGACCACCUGGAUAAGAGGAUUGCCGUUAUCGAGGAUAAACAUGAAGAGAAAGAGGAGGCCAUGGCGAAUUCUGGGAACAAGGUUGACAACGACCAUGGUAACAAUGAUGAUAAUGCCGGUGAUGCAGAAUCCAAAACCUCACCGAAAACCCCUAGAGCAAAGGCAUCUCCUCCAGCAGCAGCGCCAGUAGCAGGAACGUCAACGGGAGGUGGAGCAGGAACGGGAACGGGAGCUGUGGAAAAGGAUCCGUCGUGGAUGAUGGAGAGGGAGGAAACAUCAGAGCCAGGUUUUCCUGUUGCAAGAGUUGUUAGAACCCCAGCGUCGAGAGGAAAGACUGUAACCAAAGUGAAAAAAGAACCUGCUGAUCCUAAAGAGAAGAAUAAAUCAGGCACAAAGUCAAAAGCUGAUUUAAAAGACAAAAACGAAGAAAGCCAGAUAAUCAAUAUAAGCGACGUUUCACGCCCACUACAGUCUAGACGAGUACAGAUCCCUUCCCUGCAAGACGAAGACGACUCAGCGAUUGAAGCUAUGAAGAAACGCUUAGAAAAGCUGGUGGAACAUGCAAAAAAUCCACCUGCUGAGAAGGAAAAAAGGGGACGCAGCCUUGCACCGACCCAGGUUUCACCCUACCUUGGUAACUCAGUGGUGAGACGCAUCAUGGACCCAGCAGGUCCCCCUCCUAGGAGGUAUGAUCCUUUUGAAGCAGUGGACAGUCGAAUACUGGAUAAUCUAACCCGCUACAUAGCUUUUGAAGCGGAAAAACAGUUGGAGUGUCCAUAUGCAGGAGGAGAAUUUUACCUGACACUAAUGACCCCUAAAGAAAGCUGGCCGAGAAAGGAGUAUGGGUGGUUGCAUGAUCAGCAUAUGGUAAAAGGAUUAGACAUGUUCCGGCAACGGUCUAUGCGGUAUCCAUCUCCUUACAAAGGGGGAAGAGUUGCUUUCCUUGAUCCUAUCUUUUGUCGAGUUUGGUGUGGAGACUAUCGAAACAAAUUUCUACCAAACGAGAAGAGUUGGCUAUUCAGUGAUGGUUAUUUGGACGUUGCCAACGGUCACUACGACCAUUACUUGCCUACACACAAGAAAUGGGGGACAGAUGUUGAUUUCGUGUAUAUCGCCCACAACGUGAACAACGAACAUUGGAUUUAUACAGAAAAGGCGAGGUGGAGGAGUCUGUGA